CUUCUCUUGGCUAGCCUUUUUCUUUCUCAUCUCUCCCCUAAUUCAAGAUCUGAAACCCAAAUAGGGUAGAUCUGAGCUGAAAUUCUCUGAAAGUUCGAAUUUUAAAGAACUGGAUUCGUCCGGAUCGUAAUUGAUUGAGUUAAUUUUCACUCUAAUUUAAUCUGGUUACGUGUUUUUGGGUUUAAUUUUUGGUGUUGUAAAGCUGUUCCGGAUGAAUUGAUGGAGCUGGGUGGAGGGUGGGGGGAUUGAUUUCUGAGUGAAGAAGAGUUUUAUUUUGGAUUUUGAUUGAUCUGGAAAUACAUGCUUAAGUGUGGAUCUAAUUGGAAAACUUUUGAAAAAGAAACCCUAGGUGAGAUGGGGAAGGAAGAAAGUAGAGCUGAGGAUGUUGAAGAGGGGGAAAUUUCGGAUUCAGCUUCGGUUGAGGAGAUCAGUGAAGAGGAUUUUAGAGGGGAUGAUGUUAGGAUUUUGAAUGAAUCGAAAUCGAAGCAAGAUUCAAAUUCGAGGGGUUGGCCGGUGCACGAUCUGUAUAAGAAGUAUCCGACCAUUUGCAGAGGAUAUGCUUCUGGAUUAUAUAACCUUGCGUGGGCGUCGGCUGUGCAGAAUAAACCACUCAAUGAGAUUUUUGUGAUGGAAGCUAAUAAGGAUGACAACUCUAAGGGAUCUUCGCAGGUGUCUUCUGAUGCUUCUGCAGAUGGUAAAGAGGGCAAGAGUAGUGGUGGGAGUUCUGUGAAGGAAAUGGGUGAUUACAUGGAAGUCAAUGGUGAGAAGGAAGAAGGAGAGCUGGAGGAGGGUGAAAUUGAUUUGGAUUCUGAGCCGAUUGAGAAGGUGAUUGGCGAGGACAAAGAAGGGGGUUUGAGCAGUGGAAAUGUUGGUGUCUGUAACUCGGAGGCUGAUUUAGAGAAGAAAGUAAACUUGGUUAGGGGAGUACUGGAAGGCAUUACCGGAGCUGAAGCAGAGAAAUCUCUGGAGGAAGUUUGUUCCAGGCUGCAAAAGGCUUUGGAGAUCCUGAGAGAACUGAUACUGGAGAAGAAUGUUCCCAAGAAUGACUCUCUCAUUCAACUAGCAUUUGGAGCAGUGAAUUGUGUGUUUUUCUCCAAGAAACGUAAUUUGGAGGAACAAAAUAAUGGCAUCUUAUCAAGGUUAUUUUCCGUUUUAAAGAGCCAUGAUCCUCCUCUAUUCUCUUAUUCUCAGAUGAAAGAGAUAGAGGUCAUGCUACUCUCACUGGAUUCCCAUGAUAGAGCUAAUGAUCAAUAUAAAGGGAUUAAGGUCACUGAUGGGGUGCAUAGACAGGUUUCUGAUGUUUUAGUUGAAAAUGAUGGUCAUGAUUUGACUUCCACGAAUAAUUUGUCUUUAUCUGUGGAAUCCAUGGUUCAGAAUAAGCCAAACACAUUGUUAGAAGCUUCUAAACCUGGAGUGUCUAGUUUUAGGAAUAGAGCCCCUUUACUUCCUCUGCUAGACCUUCACAAGGACCAUGAUGCAGAUAGCCUUCCCUCACCCACGCGAGGAACGGCACCUGCCUUACCUCUGCUCAAGCCAGUGACUGUUGGAGACCUGACAGGGAAACCGGAAUGUUUUCUAAGUAAGAUGGCAAAUGUUGCUGAAGAAACUAGACUGCACCCAUAUGAAACUGAUGCUCUCAAGGCUGUUUCUUCCUAUCAACAAAAAUUUAGUCACAGCUCAUUCUCUUUGACUGGUAGGCUUCCAAGUCCCACCCCUUCCGAAGAAUCUGGUGAUGGGGAUGGUGAUAUUGGUGUUGAAGUUUCAAGUUCCUCCAAAGUUGGUAACUUUAAACCAAAUCCACGUGUUUCAGGGCAGCCAACUGGUUCCUUUCCCCUGCCCACAGAUAGUAUCAGUUCAGGCAUGAAAGCACUGGCCACUUCUAUAACCGCUGCACCAGUUGGGCCUAAUGCAGCAGUCAAAGUGUCAGCAAAAAGCAGAGAUCCUAGACUUAGGUUUGCCAACGACGCGAGUGCUUUGGAUUUGAACCAACAGCCCCUUCAUAAUACAGCUAAAGUCGAACCUGUUGGAGGAAUAAUGAGUUCUAGAAAGCAAAAGAGUGUUGAGGACUCUAUCGAGGACAGUCCCGCACUGAAGAGGCAAAGGAAUAAGAUUGAGAGUUCUGGGGUCAUUAGGGAUGUUAAUAUUGCAUCUGGAACUGGUGGCUGGUUGGAGGAAACUGAUGUUGUUGGAUGUCAAGUUAUGAAUAAAGACCAAAAAGUACAUAAUGCAGAUCCCAAUGCCAGUAGGUUGGAUAACAGGGUAACCUGUUCUGUUACUGUUAGUCCUCACACCAAUGUGGCUGUUGGUGGAAAUGAGCAGGUGCAGGUACCAGUGACAAGCACUAGUACUCCUGUCUCAUUACCUCUUUUACUGAAAGAUUUGGUUGUGAAUCCAACCAUGCUUGUAAAUUUACUUAUGGGGCAACAGCAGAGAUCAACUUCUGAAUCUCAAUCAAAAUCUAUUGGACCUGUAACUAGUCUUCCACAUCAUCCAAGUUCCACCAAUUCAGUACUGGCAGCAGUUUCAACUGUGAAUGCUGCUUUGUCAGAUCUCUCAGGGAAUUUGCCAAAACAAGCAGGAACUCUUCAGAUUCCUUCUCAGGAUGAGUCUGGAAAAAUUCGAAUGAAACCUCGUGAUCCUCGUCGUGUUCUCCAUGGAAAUGCAAUUCAAAAGAGUGUUGGCUUGGGGUCUGAGCAAUUCGGAAUAAAUGGACCCCCUACACCAAACAUUCAAGGAAUCAAGGACAAUCUGAAUUCACAAAAGCUUGAGGGUCAUUCGGAAUCUAAGCCAAUGCAAUUGCUUUCCAUUCCAGCCCCAGAUAUUGCUCAACAAUUUACCAAUAAUCUCAAAAACAUUGCUGAUAUUAUGUCUGUUUCAAGAGCAUCCACGAGUCCAAUGUCUCAGCCUUUAGUAUCCCAACCCAUGCAAAUUAAGUCAGAAAGAGUGGAUAUGAAAGCAGUAGCAUCAAAUUCUGAAGAGCAGCAAUCUGUGACUGGUUCAGCCCCAGUAGGUGCAACAGGCCCUCAUCCCCAGAACACAUGGGGCGAUGUUGCACAUCUUUUUGAAGGAUAUGAUGAUCAGCAAAAAGCUGCAAUCCAGAGAGAAAGGGCAAGGAGGAUUGCUGAGCAGAAGAAAAUGUUUGCUGCACGCAAGCUCUGUCUUGUCUUGGAUCUGGACCAUACACUUCUUAAUUCAGCCAAGUUUGUUGAGGUAGACCCAAUUCAUGCGGAGAUCUUGAGAAAAAAAGAGGAACAAGAUCAUGAAAAACCACAGAGGCAUCUCUUCCGCUUUCCUCAUAUGGGAAUGUGGACCAAAUUGCGACCCGGAAUCUGGAAUUUCUUAGAGAAGGCCAGUAAGCUAUAUGAACUGCAUCUUUACACAAUGGGGAACAGGCUAUAUGCCACAGAGAUGGCCAAAGUGCUAGAUCCAAAAGGGACUUUGUUUGCUGGUCGAGUUAUAUCUAGGGGUGAUGAUGGAGAUCCGUAUGAUGGUGAUGAGAGGGUUCCCAAGAGUAAGGAUCUGGAAGGGGUUUUGGGUAUGGAAUCAGCUGUUGUUAUCAUUGAUGAUUCUGUGAGAGUCUGGCCACAUAAUAAAUUAAACUUAAUUGUUGUAGAACGGUACAUGUAUUUUCCAUGUAGUAGACGCCAAUUUGGGCUCCCAGGUCCUUCUCUUCUUGAGAUUGACCAUGAUGAAAGACCAGAAGAUGGGACUUUGGCAUCUUCUUUGGCGGUUAUUGAAAGAAUACAUCAGCAUUUUUUCUCCAAUCAUAAUUUAGACGAAGUGGAUGUUAGGAAUAUCUUAGCUGAAGAGCAGCGGAAGAUUUUGGCUAAUUGUCGUAUAGUAUUUAGCCGGAUAUUUCCUGUUGGUGAAGUGAAUCCUCAGCUACACCCAUUAUGGCAGACAGCUGAACAGUUUGGAGCUGUGUGCACUAAUCAGAUAGAUGAACAGGUUACACAUGUUGUGGCUCAUUCCCCUGGGACUGACAAGGUAUUGGUAAAUUGGGCUGUAGCCAAUGGCAGAUUUGUUGUCCAUCCUGGCUGGGUUGAAGCAUCAGCAUUGCUCUACCGGAGGGCAAAUGAACUUGAUUUUGCCAUUAAAUGACAAAAUCACGAUCCAAACCCUUCUUUGGUAAAAAUCCAAGACCUAAAAAAUAUAGUAUAUACCAACUUGCACUUGUGGAUGGAGCUAUCAGGUCAUUUUUAAAUGGUUGAGGUUAGACCGGGAUGCCUUCCAUCAAUUUGUCAUCGAUUUGUCAUCAAUUUGCUGGAAAAGAGUUCCAAUAACCUGGUUUGGUCAAAUGCUUUCGAAGAUUGUCUUUCCCCGGAGAGCCUCAGAACAUUCCUUUUCUUGUUGGUGAUUGAUUGGGGAUAAAACAUCCAGUCUGAGAGUUAGUUGAUUACGGUGAAUACUGGUAACAACGAACCUAAAAUUUCCAAAAUGCCUAUUGUGUGUGAGAUGAAAGUAUUAAGAAAAGAAUGAUCAAAAAGGUUGAGUAAUAGCGGAGAAAAGGUCCCAUCUAAGCAAAGAACCCUUUCUGUGCGUCCAUACGGGUAAAUGGGGUAAGGGAGACUGGGUUCAUGCUGUCUAUAACUCAACCCCACCUUUCUGUCAUUUGGCUACGUGGUCCUAUGUGUUUCUCUGUUAAUUUUAAAAAAUCCCUUGCUGGUUGGAGUAACGAAAGACAAAAAUGCAUAUCUGACAACUCGGUACUUGAAAUUGGAGGGAUACAGAUCCUAGAAUUUGUUGACGAUUCAUCAGAUCUCGUCAGGCUGUGUUUGGUCGGGAAAAUUUUUUUUCCUUAAUUCAGAAAAGUUAAGGGGGUUCUCUAGAAAAAAAGAAAAAAAAAAGAAGCAUUUUUCAAAUUAGACUGUAUAUUAAAAUGUAAUUCCAACA